AUUGGAUCCUUGCUGCCUAAUCCACUCGAACAUAACCCCUUUCCUCUUCGCAUUCCACUAUAACCAGAAAGAAUAAACACCUCGCUCUCUCUGGCUCAUACUCUCUAAUGGCACUCUCUCUUAAUGCAAACCUUCAUCAGCCUUCGCUCAGUUGUGGGAGCAAGCAUUAUGCAGGGCUGAAGCUUCAAUCUCAAGUUCCAUUUGCAAGUGGAAGACCUAAUUUGACUGCGGAAUUAUUUAAACGAGUUCAUAAGAGCCUCCAUUUCAGGAAUUGCAAACCUAACGCCAUGCGAAUUACAAUGAUGCCUGUAGGGACACCACAAGUCCCCUAUAGGACACCUGGAGAGGGUGGUUGGCAAUGGGUUGAUUUGUGGAAUGCCCUCUACCGGGAGCGCGUCAUCUUCAUUGGACAAGAAAUAGAUGAAGAAUUUAGUAACCAAGUACUAGCAACAAUGUUAUACCUUGACAGUCUUGAAGAUAAUAAGAAGUUCUAUAUGUACAUCAAUGGUCCUGGGGGAGAUCUUACUCCAACCCUGGCUAUCUACGACACUAUGAAGAGCCUGAAGAAUCCUGUUUCUACCUAUUGUGUGGGCUUUGCUUAUAAUCUAGCAGGCUUUCUUGUUGCAGGUGGGGAAAAGGGAAGUCGUAUGGCCAUGCCACUUUCAAGGAUUGCCCUGCAAGCCCCAGCUGGUGCUGCUCGUGGUCAGGCUGAUGACAUUCGUAAUGAAGCAGAUGAGCUGCUUAGAAUCAGAGAUUAUCUUUACAAGGAGUUGGCUAAGAACACAGGGCAGCCUGUUGAGAAGAUUUACAAGGAUUUAAGCAGGAUGAAACGCUUUAAUGCUGAGGAGGCCCUCGAGUAUGGUCUCAUUGAUCGUAUAGUGAGACCACCGCAAAUUUCAGCUGAUGCUCCUCCCAAAGAUACAGGAAUAGGUCUUGGUUAGUUCAUUAUUUUAUGCCCUCCAAAUCUCUUGCAGCUCACUGAUUUUAUGGUGGUGUUGAAGUUCAUUAUUCUUUUCCUACAAUGAGUUAAUAUGUUAGGAAUUUUUUUGAUAAAGUUCUGCAUUCCAACUGUUAGAACAAUUCACAACUAUGUCAUGGAGGACUUCUGAGACAUGAAUUCAUAAGAAAAAUGUAUUAAGACCAGAAAGAUGGAUCCGUUGCUACGUUACAAGAUAAUGUGAAUUUGUUUACAACUUA